AUGAGUCCACUUGACUACCUCGAAUACUCCCUCGGCCGCCUCCUCUCGUCCAACCGAGGCCGCGACUCAAAACUGUGGACCAACACCGCCGCGUUCGCCGACGCGCCCGAGGUCCUCACCGUGACAUGUCCCGAGAUAGGACCAUCCAACUCGGUCAUGCCGGUCGAAUAUGGCGCCUUCGGAAAAUCACGAUUUCCCGCAAUCGAGUGGAAGGUCUCACCGACUGCGCCUGCUGCAACGGCGGACGAAAUCAAACAAUACAUUGUUCUCAUCGAGGACCCGGACGCCCCCCUACCACUCGUGCCGAUCCACGGCUUGUUCUACGCCAUACCGGACACCAAGACGACAAUCACGGCCGACGACCUCGCGCUCGACACGGACACAAAAGCAGCAUCCAGGCCAGGGGAAAAGUACUUGCGUGGAGGCUUCAGGUUGGGCAAGAACAUACGGGGGACGAUAUACGGUGCACCGCGACCACCGCUAGGCCAUGGACCGCACAGGUAUUUUUACCAGGUUGUUGCGCUCAAUGACAAACUCAACGUUGACAAGCUGAGUCCCGUUGCCACAAAGACCGAGCUGGAGAAUGCGAUCAAGAGCAAGAUAGUGGGCUAUGGUGUCUGGGUCGGCGUUUUCGAAAGGAAGUGGGAGUGA